AUGAAAGAUCAGAAUAGCUUGAACCCUGAAGAGGGGGUCAAUAAGCUGGCCCAUGCACAUUAUAACCUUGGGGAUGGCUUAAUUAAUUUAAUCCAAGAUUAUCCUUCUGAUGAACAACUUGCUUUAGAGGUUGCUCCUUUUGUUGAUCAAGUUGUAAAUGAUGCCAUAGAUAGCAACAUAAAUACCUCCUUGGAUUAUGUGGCUGAUCCUUUGGAUGAUGAGGUCAUGGAGGAUAGUUCUGAGGACCAAAAUAUCUUCCUUCUUGGAGAAAUUGAGAUGGUGCCACCUGGAUUAGCUCACUUGCAGCUGCAACUUGGAAGAGUGAGCACCAGUUGGAUUACCCCCGCGCCGUCCACUCGCCUCCGCUCCCCAACAAACACAGUCCGCCAUGGCGCCACCUCCACUUCCCCUUUGGGCCCUCGGUUUAUAGAUUGGUGGUGGAACGCACCAUUGUCUGUGGAUGCUGAUCUCCUUCCACAAGUUGUCCCAGGCUACAAGACACCAUUUAGACAAUGUCCACCUGGUGUGGGAACGACACUAGCAGAUGGGGAGCUAACAUACUUGUGCAAGCUUGCACGUCCUUUGUCGACACAUUUUGCCCUAGGCAGAACUACAAAACUACAUGGUUUGGCUGCUGCUAUUCUAAAGCUUUGGAAAAAGAGCCUUAUAGCAAAGAUUGCAGUGAAAGUGGGUAUCCAGAAUACCAGUAAUGAGAAAAUGGCGUGGAAUCUUAAGGCAAUGCAACAUCUUAUUGGAGGAACUAUCAUAUUGAGAAACAAGGCUUUUAUUAUUCUAUAUAGAGGCAAGGAUUUUCUUCCUGGUGGAGUUAAGCGGUUUGUUAUUGACCAAGAGGCUCGGAUAGAUGCUCAGCAUGUGAAGGAAGAAGAAGCCCGAUUAACGGUGAUUGACUCCCUUCAGAUAUAUGCUGGUUUACCAUCCGAGGAAAGUUCUGUGGGGACUUUCAGGGAGUAUCAGGAUUUCCAGGUUAACUAUGUGCAUGAAACAACUGAAAACAACCAGGCCAUGGUAGAACUAGAGGCCGAGAAGCACAGAUUGGAGAAGGAACUGAGGCUUUUCAUUCACAUUAAGAAGAUUGAAAGAUCCAACCAGACGCUAGCAAAGCUUCAUAGUUCUUGGAACCCAUCAGAGCCAUCUUCAGACAAAGAACUCUUGACAAAGGAGGAAAUGAUGAUAUUCCGAAAGAUUGGCCUAAAGAUGGAUGAGCAUGUGCUCCUUGGAAGACGCGGUAUCUUUGAUGGUGUAAUUGAAGAGAUUCAUCAACACUGGAAACACAAAGAGAUUGUGAAAGUAAUUACGAAGCAGACUCGAGCUUACCAGAUAACAUACACAUCGAUGCUGCUUGAGGUUGAGACGGGAGGAAUGUUAAUAGCAACACAAAAGCUCACAAACAGCCACGCCAUAAUAAUUUACCGUGGGCAAAAUUAUCGCCGCCCAACAAAAUCAGAAGCCAGUAACCUCCUGACCAAAAGAGAAGCAUUGCAAAGAUCAGUUGAGGUUCAGCGACGAGGGUUGAUGAAAUACUAUGUUUGGGAGACACAGAAAUCCAUCGAGGAAUUGAACUGGACACUGGCCAACGUGACAAUGAAAAUCAGGAAACUGACCUAGUGAACAAUGGAGAAUUUAAACAGACUUUGGAAAUGGAUUAUUAGACAUUUUGAAUAACCAUC